CUGGAUCGGCCCCGCACGCAAGGGCCCAGCCUCCAGCGAGGUUGCCUGGAGUGCAGGCGGACCGCGCGCACCUGCUCGUUCAGCACCCUGGGGCCGCUAGGGUAAAAUGAGUCACGUGAAUGUCUCUUCCCAUUCGCGGAACUCGCCCACUAGGGGGCGGGCCGUGGUAUGCAAAUGAUGAUUUAAUGGCGUCACGCCCCUCUAGUUCGCUCGGCCCUUCGGGUGGAUGGUAGCCUGGAGGAGCUACUCGCUGUGUUUUAUCCCCCCCUUGAAGCCGCGGUCGGGAAGGCGAAUCGGAAAAGGGAGCUGGGCGAGUGGCGAUGUCCGUGAGCGGGGGCUGCCCAGCCAGGAGUGCGCAGCCCCAGCGGGCCCGGCGCGGCCUCAGCCUGCCACCUCCUCGCGUAGCGCGGGACAGGGGCCGGGACUGAGCCGCCCUGGGCCCAGCAGGGAGAGCAGCCGCGGAGCCCAGAGGAGACGGGAGCUGCCGCGGGGCCGGGUCCGCCCGAGGAUGGGAAUUCUCUUCACCAGGAUCUGGAGGCUGUUCAACCACCAGGGUCUUGCAAUAUCCAGCUCCACUGCAGGUCUUCUGCUCCAAGUGAUUUCCUAGCAUCCAGUAUGCUGGUGACAUCACACCUGAAACAGAAGCUCCUACUUACAGGGGGUCAGAGCACAAAGUAAUCAUUGUUGGUCUGGAUAAUGCAGGAAAAACAACCAUCCUUUACCAGUUUUCUAUGAAUGAAGUGGUGCAUACCUCUCCUACGAUAGGCAGCAAUGUAGAAGAGAUAGUGGUUAAUAACACACGUUUUCUAAUGUGGGAUAUUGGAGGGCAAGAGUCUCUUCGAUCUUCAUGGAAUACUUAUUAUACAAACACAGAGUUUGUCAUCGUUGUUGUGGACAGCACAGACAGAGAGAGAAUUUCUCUAACUAAAGAAGAACUUUAUAAAAUGUUAGCUCAUGAGGACUUAAAGAAAGCAGGUUUGCUUAUUUUUGCUAACAAACAAGAUGUUAAAGAGUGCAUGACGAUAGCUGAAAUAUCCCAGUUUCUGAAAUUAACUUCAGUUAAAGAUCAUCAGUGGCAUAUCCAAGCAUGCUGUGCUCUAACUGGCGAGGGAUUGUGCCAAGGACUUGAAUGGAUGAUGUCAAGACUUAAAAUCAGAUGAUUUUUAAUGACCUCUUUGAACCAACAUUGCAUACAAAAGUACUGUGCCUCUGGAUACCUUAGUUACUUGUACCUGUGGUAACCUGCAAAAUUAAUGGGUUAGAUCUAUUUAUAACAAACUGAUUUCAACUUUAUUUUCUACACACAUAUAUUAAGACCACCUCUUUGAAAACAGAUGAAGAUGAAAGCUCUAGUUUAUUUUCCCAUUAGUUUACUCUGAAGAUAGGUUUAAAAACUGUGGUUGACGUUCUUCUCAAGAUAAAGCCACUCAGGACUAUGUGUGGCGAGUAUGAAGUGAGAGAGGAAUUUUUAACUUUACAUUUUAUAUUCCAAUAUAACCCUCCUAGUUGAAGGUAUUGGCCUCGUUAUUCCAGUAAAUUAACAAGCAAAUCAGUGGCAUAGGUAUUGACUUUUCAGUAUUUUAAAAACUUGUUGAAAUGUGCUACAGAUACAAAAAUAUUUUCCUCCUGUGUACUGUACAUAUUUGUGUAUAUUUAUACCUCAAGUUUAGGUUAACUGAAAUCUGUUCCAAGAAAAAGUGAAUAACACUGAAUCUCGGUGUACUGAGAAUAGUACUAAUGUUGAGAUUGUUGACGUCACAACUACUUUUCCUUUGUUCUCUGUACUGCUCCAACCUUCACCAAAUAAUUGGUGCACCAUUUCUUUAUAAAGUGAAAUCUCUUAAGACUAGUGGUUUUUAUACUUCUCCAUAUAUAUACUCCUGCAAUUAAGAAUGAUCACAAAAAGGGAUAGUGUGUCUGAAUGUGGAUUUUAUACUUUGUUCAGUAUUGGCAACUAACUUCAAUUCUUUGCUAAAUGGUAAAGAAUCCAAAAAGUUAGCAUUUCCAUUUUGUUGGAUAAGACCAUUCCAAAAAAUGCCCGUGUUCUGCUCUGCUUUAUGCCAUCAUGUUGAGUAUUUAUGAUAGAUUCCUAUCUAGGGGGUAAAUCUUCACCAUUAAUAAAGGGGAAAUGUGUCUGUUUUCCUUAUGCAAAGAAGUGACCAAAAAAGUGUGCUAUAAUGUUCUCACCAGAAAUCUUACAGAACAGUCUAUUUUGUAUUGGUAUGUUUUCAGAGAAAGAGGAUACUGACUGGUGAUAAUCCAAAAUUGCUGAAGUAACUGUUUGUAUAUGUGUAUAAGAGACUAAUGUUGGGGAGAGGAAAGAAUACACUAUUCCACUAUAAAUGAUGCUUGAUUCUGCUCCUAUAGAAGUCCCUGUGAAAACUCAGAAUUAAAUGAUGCAUCAGCAUCGUAAUGCUGAGGCCCCAACUGAACGGUCAUGAUUCAUAGGGAAUAUGCAAAGAAUUAUGAGAAUCAGGACUAUCCUGUCCUUCCUAUAUUGGUAAAUGGGAGGAGUGUAAGGGGAUCCUAAUAUAGAAAUAGUUGAGAACCACUGGUGUAAAGGAUUUUGGUUCUUCAUGAGUAUGACACUUGGGUGGUGUGAUAUGUUGUUGGUAUCAUGAAAUGUGAGCAUGAUCACAGAUUUUCUGUCUUAUUCUGUACAUGUGUAUAUUUAAGUAAUAUUGUAAAACUAGACAAAAGUUUAAGGACAAGACCAUUUUAAACCUGGUUUAAUUUUUAAGGCAGUUAUGAACUCCUCUUUAAAGAUGAGAUUGUGAAACACAUCCAAUUUCCAUUUAAUUUAGUUUAGCUCAUUUGUGUACUGCAUUGUAUUGGUUAAAAUGUUGACAUAGUAUUCAUGGGGACAAUAAUGAAGACCACUUCAAAAGUGUGUAUUUAACAACUGAAUUGUCCCAAGUAUGAAAUAUAACUUUCUGAUGUAGUCAUGAAAUCUCUUUUGCUAAUUGGCUGAUGGAGGUUCUGCUAUGUAUGAAUUUUAAAAAAUGGACAUACAUUUAUUUACAUAAAAGGAAUGCACAGAGAUCAGUGUUAUUAACUAACUGGUGUAUUGCAUAAUGUGUGAAUGUUUUAAGGAAAAAAUAACAAUGAAAAGACUAAGCUAGUCUGCAGGUAUUUUCCUGAAACAAAAAUGCAUCUUUUGAACACAGAAACGAAUAACUUUAGCUUUCCUACUCUAAUAAAAAAUAAAAUACUGGACUUAACUACAUUCAUAAUGUUCAUCUUCAAGUACUGCAACUUCUGUUUUUUUGAGAUUUUCUUUCAUGCUUGAAGUGCUAUAUUCUUUUUGUCUGAAUCGCUGUUGCUUUUAAAUUGUAACUUUUUUUAUAAGAUAAAAAUCACUCAACAGAAUAUGAAAUGCAAAACUGUAUUCAUGUACAACUUUUAAAAAUAUUUUCUUGGAAUUUGCUGUUCUUACCCUGUUCAGGUUUUUAUGGCUUAAAAUGUUUGCCUAAUAAAUAGCAUGGCUGAAGGGAAUCUAUAAAUAUUGUUCUAAAGAAUGACUUUUAUGUCACAAACAGGGUUUGGAGACCUUCUAAUAAUGCAUGUGAACUAUCUUUCCUCUUCCAGGUGACGGGGAAACCAUCCAUUUCUAUCUCAAUGCGGUAGCCAAAUAUCCAUGUGAUUUUAUUAUUUGUGUUUAAGUAGUGGCAAGAGGUCCCCAUCAGGAGUCGAUAUCUUAUUGCAUGCACAGGUCACAGCAUUCACACUCAAUAAAUUGUUCCAGGCUCUAAGUGUUUCUAAUCUAACCAACCAUAUACAAUCUGAUGGGCUUUGAGCAGCAGUGAAGCCUUAAUUAAGGGUAAAUUAGGCAAUCCACCCACUUCUUCCUGCUAACUUCAAUGUUGCAUGUGUGUGGUUUAGGUUUAAACUUACUUUUAAAACUAAUGGUGAUCCCAUUUAAACAGAAAGCGAGAUUGCCUUUCUCCUCUAGUCAGGACCUGUUACUGAAUAUGCAUGUGACUUCACCAGCAUUGUAUGUUUGGAGAAUAGUUGAUUUAUAAACUGGUAAUUGAGGGGAUAUGUAUGAAACUGAUAUGAAUCUUGUGUUUAUUCUUAAGUAAAAUUAAGCAACUGAUAACUAUCUCUUGCUUAUGAUAUUCAUUGCACCUUUUAGAAUGUGGAUUUUUUUUCAGGGGAAAAACAGAUAAUCUUGAAGAUGUAAACAGAUAGUAUUGUCUAGUAGUUUAGAGUACAGGACCAGGGAUAGGAGAUCUGGAUUUUGAUCAUGGUGACCUUGAGUGAUUCAUUAAUCUUUCCUUUGUCUCCAUUCCCGUAUCUAAAACGGGAGUAGCAGUUACCAUAUCUGCCUCACGGAGGGGGUUGUGAGGCUUCAUUAAAGUUUAUCAAGUGCUCAGAUUUAAGGCAUCAUACAGAAUAGAAUUUUUGCACCCAGAUAUUACAAUGAUGGCCUUGGCAGAAAAGUAUGUAAUAAGAUUCUGUCUGCCUAAAGGUAUGUUAAGAGAAUUUGUGCAUGUCUUCCAAAUUAUUGUAACUUGAACUUUUACACAGAAUGUGUAAGCAUCCGUAUGCAGUUGGUUUUAUCCCAUUGCAGACCCCUCUUUGCUCUCCAUCUUUAUGUAUAGCUCCUUUUUAUGCAUGGAGAUAUGUGAAUUAAGUUAUAAUUAACAUAUGUUAAGGCUUAAUUCUGUGCAUAGAAGAAAUUCUCUUUGCAUAUAUGCUAUUCCCUAAUUCCAUUAACUCUCUAAAGCCACUCCAAUUCUGAACAGUUAAAUUAAAUAGUGAGUGACAAAACUUCAUUUGUGCUGCUCUUGGUAAUGUUCUGGAGUUCCAUCUUCUCCCUAUCUUGGCUUUUAUACACAUUUCUUUUAUAUAAGCUUAACUCCCAGUUGAUAUGUAGAGUCCUAUGCAUAACUCCCACUGACAUCAGUGCCAACUGAGGGUAGUAUAUAGUCUUUGGUAUACAGCUUGGGAAUGUGAUUUUUUUUUUUUUUAAGGUCAUGUAUGCCUCAAAAUGACCUUAAUAUUUAAAGGUUUGCAUUUCAGUUUUCCAAAGAUUGAUAUUCACAACUCAAAGGUACACUUGAUGGAUGAAUAAUUUGUGAUAUGGUCUAAUUGCCACUAGUAUCUUGAAAAAUAAAUAACUGCAUGUAGAUUAACUCUUCUAAAAAAAAAAAAAAGUUACUAGGAGACUGCAUGGAGAAUUUUGGAGAAUAGAUCAGCAAUACAUGCAGAUAUCUAGCCUCAUAAUUUUCAUUGUACUGCAGGGAGACAUGGUAGCUAAAUUCCUAUGCAUUAUGCUGAAAAAAAAUUCCUAAUUGUACAUGACUGCUAGAUGUAUUUGAUAGACACCUACCACAAUCUGUGAAGCUCAAAACUUUCUAUGUAGUAAUUUAUUUUUCCUUAUUGCAUGUACUUCCUCUUCUAGUUAGUUUAUGUAUACCAUGUUAUAUACAUGCAUCCAGCUGUGUGAACACAAGUGGUGGUGUCCCUUCCUACCUCCCAGUUUAACCUAUACUUGAUGACCAAUUAACAUUUUUUACACAAUAUUCAGAACCUUCUAUACCCAUACAUUCCAAACAUUUGAGUUUCCUACAAUUAUCAGUUAUUGUGUAGAUGUAAAGCUUAUCUUGUGGGAGGUAGGGUAACUUACUCUCUUAACAGAUCAGCUCCAGAAUAUAGGAAACUGAGUUCCGAUAACAUUUAAGUAUAUGACUUAAACUCAGAAAGCAAGGAAAUUUAUGGUAAGAGAAGACUCAAGUGUUCCUUCAUAUAAAAACAUUUAAGUGGAAUUUUUUUUAAUUGGAUUGACAGUAGCAAAGUUAUUACCAGUAUGUCUGGAAAGCAGUUUUUCAGAGAAUCCAUUCAAAUGAAUGUAAUAUCAAGCCUUUAAAUAGUCCAUUCUUCAGUGUUAUGAGUUAAGGAUGGUAUACUACUGCAUAAAGACAGAAUAUAAUGAAAGAGACUGAAGAUAGUCUGUGUAUUGUAAUGAGGUAUACAAUAUUGCAAAUCAUAAUAUUGUAUAUAAUUGAGGUGAGAAAAUGCAUUUAAUGUAAAGAUCUGAAAAAAAUGAUUGUAAAGAAGCAAAAAAAAGUUGCAACAAAAAAGUCAUUAGAAAAAAAUUGUUUCCUUCCCUUACUGGGGUUUACCAGUUGAUUAUUUUUAUUAACAUAUCUAGUGUACAGAAUGUUCUUAUAUGCAUGCAAGUGCUAUUUUUAUUUGAAGAAAGUUUAACAGUGUCAUCUAAAUGACUCUUGGGUUUUGUUGUGCAUUAUAAGACAACUUUUUGUGCACGUACAUAAGUUUUUUGAGUGUCCUUUUAUGAUUUUAAAUUUGAAGAUAUAAUUUGUACUGAAUUAACUCGAAAAGGCUGUUUCACUCAAUAGACUGUAAAUGAUUUUUUUCUAAGCCAGUGGUUCAUGCUGCCCUUGUUGAAACACUUUCCGAACAAAACACUGAUGAAGUAGAGCAGUUGGAAGAAAAAGUGAAGGAGCAGAUUAUUCCCUUACAAAGGCAUUCACAGAAUGAAAAAGUGGGAGAACCACUGCUUGAACUGUUUUAUGGUCAAUAAAUUUUAAGAUGCUGCUGUAUAUGAUGGGCUAAUAACUAUCUGAGCCAUUUUAAACUCGUGGUGUUAUUUAUUUUUUUUUAAAUGCCUUUAAAAGUGUUUAAACAUGUCUUUGGUUGUCUACUACCUAAAUUGUCUUCAAAAUUCUGUCUAAAUUGAUAGAAAUAAUAUGUGCAGGCUUUGUUACAAAUUGGAAGUUUGGGGAAUACAUGUAUACUUAAACUAA